GGAACUUCAACUUGGACCUCGAACUUCGCAUUACUUGUCAACAGACACUAGUCCAGACGAAUUUCUCCCCGGGUGUCCAGAAACUCCAGACAUCUCUUGCGUUGGCGAAACGGCAUCUUCUAUAUACACCCCAUCGCGCCAGCUUCUACGAGUCGAUAUCGGCAGCGCACCCAUGCAAAACACCGCAAUGGUGUCAAGCGUCUAUCAGUUCUGCCGCCUCGCCUUGCGCCGAUCGACGCGUCCGAGGGCCUCUCCCCAUCUCGCGCCUACGAGCUACCGCAACUCGAAACGAAACCUCUCAUAUUCGAACUUCAAGAAGAGCAGUGCCCUGCCAGAGCGGGGAGACAGCGCCAUUGGCGCAAUCCUCUCUAAACCGACAUGGUCGGUGAGAUCACUGUUGCCGCCCCCGUCUGACUCGUCGCACCCUUUGCAUGACGGCGAGAUCAGCUCCAAAACUCUACACCACCUGUUGCGACUCUCGGCGCUUCCGCCUCCAGCUUCUCCAGCGGAGGAAGAAGACAUGCUCAAGACGUUGUCUUCACAAUUGCAUUUUGUGCGUGCAAUACAGCAGGUCGACACCACGGGAGUUGAACCUUUACGAUCCAUACGGGACGAGACCGUCGAGGGACUCAAGCAGCAGACCAUAGGAUUGCAGGAGCUAAAAGAAGCCUUGAGCAACGAGGAUAUCGUGGGUCAUGGGCGCCGUCCAAGAAGGAAGAGAGCGCCAACCGUGGAACCUGGUGUUGAGGACUGGAAUGUGCAAGCAAACGCAAGUGAAACCGUGGGGCCAUACUUCGUCGUGCGCAGUGGCGCUUCUGACACCGAAAACUGCAACGACAAGCAAUAAGGUCAAGACUACUGGAUCGCUCGAGACGUGACGACGCCUGCUCCCUGUCUCAAACUCCCAGCUCAUGGCAUAUUGGAUUAAUUACAUACGUUUGCUAUGUAUAACUCGACGGCUGUAGAAAUGUGCUUUCGCCUACGUCUAUGUGAGAGCACCG